UCUUCUCUAUCCUCUCUGUUUAUUUUUUCUCUGUCUUUUGCAAUGCUUCUUCCAUUUCUCCUUCUCCUCAUCUCUUCUCCGAUGAUCAUGUCCCCUGAUCCCUUCUCCUUCAUAUCUUCUUCCCUUAAUUAAAAUUAUUAUUAACAUAUAGAUCCUCCGAUUGAAAUCCAUUGCGUCAUUUUAACAAUAGUAGAAGAAAGUAAACCCUGAUGGAGAGUUCUUUAGGUUUCAUGGCGGUUUUCGCCGUCUCAGGGAGCGUGGUGUUCCUCGCUAGUCAAUUCCACAAGCGUCUCCUCUCCGAUUAUAUGGACAAGUUUGAAUUCGAAAUCCGAUCGAGGGAGAAUGUGGUGAUGAAGAAGAAGGUGAGAUUCGCGGCUGAUGUGGUGGAGCCGUCGGGGAACAACAAAGAGUAUCGCCGGAGACACUCUUCUAAGGCUAAAUUCGAUAAGCAAUCGAAGAUGGCGGCAAUUGUUUGAAGUUUUUGGUUCUUGGUUUUUGAAGGAGUGUUUAUGUAAUUAUUCUAUUGGGGUUGGUGAUUUGAUUUGAUUUGAGUAAUUAAUUUUGAGGGUUUUUCUCUCAAAUCUGAUGAAUCUGGGGACAAACCUUUUAGGUCUUCCCAUGGUCAAUAUAUUUUUCCUAUUUUUGUAACUUUUUCUUCAUUUUCUUGGGUUUUAUUUACCUGUAAAUAUUUUUGUUUGUGUAAAUACAAAAUGUGAUUGCUAAUUACCUUUUUUUUGCUU